AUGUCACUUCCCAUCCAACCAAUUCCUUUCCGUGAGGAGAUCAAAACCCUGAUUGAGCGCAUCGCAGCUCUACAGAAGGAACUCAAGGAAAAGACAGACAGACUCCACUUUCUCUAUGGCUUCGAACUGAGGUCUUCUGCUGCGCCAGUAGGCAAUAACAACGACGAUGAAGGAGCUGAGGAUGACAAAGAUGAUGAAGAGAGUGAGAAUGAGCAAGAAGUCGAAGCAAAGAAGACGCGCAUCAAGAAAACAGCCGCCAAGACAAAGGUCAACAGAGCAGCCAUCAAGAAGACAAGCGUUAAUAAGGGCGGAAGCAAGAAGGAGCCGAGAUUAUGCAAACAGUGUGAGGAGAACUACCUGGAAGACAACGCCCGUUCCAACUGGGUGAACUGUAAGGAGUGUAGAGAUAAGAACACGGAGGUGUGGAGUGAGGGACGGGCAAACAGGGAGCGAAAGCAGAAGGAGCAGAAUGCAAAGCGAAAGAAGCAACAGGGAGAUGAAGUGGAAGGAGACGAAGUAGAUGACGAAGUAGAAGAGGCUGAGGAAGGAGAUGAAGACAAUCUAGAAGAGGACUCAGAAGAGGAGCCAGAAGAGGAGGAACAGGAAGCAAAGAAGAACCAGGGCAAGCAACUCUAA